AUGGCGAACAGAACGGUUUCAGACGCGAUCGCAGUACAUGGAACAAACCCACAGUAUCUAAUUGAGAAGAUUAUAAGAACUCGCAUAUACGAAUCACUUUACUGGAAGGAAUCUUGUUUUGGUUUGACCGCCGAAACCGUAAUCGAUCGUGCGAUCGAGCUGACGUCUAUCGGUGGACAGUACGGUAACCAGAGACCAACGGAAUUUCUCGCUCUAGUUUUAAAAUUACUUCAACUGCAACCGGCAAAGGAGAUUAUUAUAGAGUUUAUCCGACAAGAAGACUACAAGUAUUUACGAGCGCUGGGUGUAUUUUACUUGAGACUAGCUGGAACUAGUUUGGAAAUUUAUCAGUAUCUGGAGCCACUGUUAAAUGACUACAGGAAAAUGCGCCAGCGUUUACCAAGUGGUGACUUUGACAUAAUAUGUAUGGAUGAAUUUAUCGAUAACCUUCUUCGUGAAGAGCGUGUCUUCGAUACAAUAUUACCUCGGCUUGCUAAACGUCAUGUACUAGAGGAGAACGACGAGUUACCGCCAAGAAUUAGCGCGUUAGAGGACGAUCUAGAAGACGAUUUACCAGAGUGA